AUGAUGAACUUCUCAUCCAUCGUCAUGGGCAUAUGGAACCAGAUCAAGUCCCUGAAGCCCGCCUUCAUCUCCAAAAACCCCCAUUUCAAUUUCAUUAACAUACACUACUUCUGGAUUAUGGGCUGGGCACUCACCGGGUCCAUAUGUAUAUUUGCGAAUGGCGGAAUACAUUAUAUCGACGCCCUCUUUCUCGGCAGUGGUGCAGCCACACAGAGCGGCCUCAAUACUAUCGACAUAAAUCUGCUCACUACAUGGCAACAAGUGGUUCUCUAUAUCGUUCCAAUGCUUACGAAUCCGAUCACGAUAAACUCGCUCGUUGUAGUAUUUCGAUUGGUUCUUUUCGAGAAGCGGUUCAAGAAGAUAGCGGCAGAGUCAAAGAAGAAUCGUCGAAGUAUGGCUAAGACCUUCUCUCGAUCCAGGACUACCGAGCAGAAUAUUGACAGUGAAGAGAUGGGUGUGCGUGGUCGAAGCAUUGUUGUCAUGCACAAUAUGACUGCUUCCAACGGCAUGAGUACUGAUCGAAGUAGAACCGAGGAGUUUGCGCACCACAUGGAAAAAAUCAACGCCAUUGAGGAAGAACCCGCAAGAUCUUCGAAUGAUUCUGAUGGUACAAAGAGACAGCCUUCAGCAAAUGGAGCUCGUUCGAAGUCUCCUGGGGCCGCCGAUCGACCCUCUACCGGUAUCAAGUUUGCAGACCAACAUAAGCCCAGUGAGAAAACCAUUGCUUAUGGUGAGCUCAACAAUGGUAUCGUCGACGAGGAAGAACGCAGACCAUCGCAUCGUUCUCCCGAAGAACAUAUCGCAAUCCUCGAACGUCAGCGCAAACAAGAUGAUGGCGCCGUUUUACGUAUCCCAGGGCCUAGAGAUGCGGACGCUGGAGUUGCUCCACAAGCAGUAGAUGAUUCUGAUGUUAUCAGCAGAACGAUGUCCAGGAGGGCGUCUACACUGCAAUCGCAUACUGCGGACACAGACGCAGUAGCUCUUAACGGAGAUGACCAUCCUACGUUUGAUAACGAAGCCGCAAAGCCUCGCAAUAUCACCAUCGCUGAGCCCGAAAAAGAACCAGCGGGUGAACGUGCCACGAAGGACACUAGUGGUGCGAAGCAUAGCAACGCCGGGCUUAGAUUUCGACGAAGUCGACUUUCAAGAUACACAACGGAGAAGGAUGAUGAAGCGUCUAGCACCACGCCGGCAACCAGAACUGGCACUUUCCAAGCAAUAAAAAGUGCUCUGACUAGCUCAAAAGACGAGGGUGCACCUUACUUGAGUUGGGAACCAACAGUUGGGCGAAACUCCGCAUUCGUUGAUCUUACCGAGGAUCAGCGAGAAGAGCUAGGUGGCAUAGAGUAUAGGUCGCUCAAGUCUCUCGCAGCAAUUCUGCUCUGCUACUUUGUAGGGUUCAGUCUGCUGGGAAUUGUAAGCUUGCUGCCAUGGAUCCUUGAAACUGAUACCUACGGUUCUGUUGUCAGCAAUGCUGGCCAGGGAAAAACUUGGUGGGGUAUAUUUACAGCCAACUCAGCAUUCACAGAUUUAGGUUUCACACUUACGCCUGAUAGCAUGAUAUCCUUUCAAACAGCAGUAUGGCCGCUACUGAUCAUGACAUAUCUGAUCAUAAUCGGCAAUACUGGGUUUCCAAUCAUGCUUCGCAUUAUCAUCUGGGUCCUGGCUAAAGUUGUGCCUAAGAAUAGUGGAAUCUGGGAGGAGCUGAAAUUUCUUCUUGACCAUCCUCGUCGAUGCUUUACUCUCUUGUUUCCUGCUGGAGCUACUUGGGUAUUGUUUCUGAUUCUCUGCGGCUUGAACGGACUGGAUCUGUUGUUCUUCAUCAUACUUGACUUCGGCAAUUCCGUAGUUACACAGCUUCCAGUUCACAUUCGCUUCCUAGAUGGCUGGUUUCAAGCUGCUUCUACUCGAACUGCUGGUUUCGCCGUAGUCAAUCUUGCUCUUCUGCACCCUGCGAUACAAGUUUCCUACUUGAUCAUGAUGUACAUUUCCGUUUUGCCCAUAGCCAUGUCCGUCCGAAGGACCAACGUCUACGAAGAAGAUUCUUUGGGCGUCUAUGGCAGUUCUGAAGAAGAGAAUUCCGAUGCAGCAGAGCCAUCGUACAUUGGCGCACAUUUGAGACGUCAGUUGUCGUUCGAUUUAUGGUACAUUUUCCUGGGCUUCUUCAUCAUCACCAUCUCGGAAGGUAGCCGCCUCCAGAGUGGCGAUCCAGGAUUUUCGAUGUUUAGCGUGCUUUUCGAGAUCGUGAGCGCGUACGGUACUGUUGGCUUGUCUCUGGGCUACACCAAUAUCAAUGCGUCUUUCUCGGCAGAAUUCGGAGUCAUAGCGAAGCUCGUGAUCAUUGCUAUGCAGAUUCGUGGUCGUCAUCGUGGAUUACCAUACGAGCUCGAUAGGGCUAUCCUUCUGCCUAGCGAACAAUUGGCUAAGAGAGAAGCGGACGCUGCUGCUCGAGCCAGACGCAAUUCAGAUCUCACACAGGUGAACACGAGAGGCACGAAGCUUGACCGAACGGCGAGUCGAGCAACUUCGAGUAGGGGUGGCCAGAACUUUUUUAGCGGCCUCCUGCAUCCGGGUCCUACGAUCCCAAACAACAAUCUCGGUGCCAUACGGACCAGACCUGUGCGAGAACGUAGACACAGCAUUGCUACGACUCCAAUGCGAAGAGGUUUGUCUAGGAGCAUCAGCCCUACGGCAACAGGAAUCAUGGCACGGGAGAAUCACGCAAUGGGUAUGGCAUUAGGCGGUGACGGUGCAGAGAGCCGUGGCCGAACAGAAGGACGCAGGAGUUUCUUCAAAGACGGCGUCAACCCAGCUCCCGCACCAGAUGCGCAAUGA